AUGAUUUACCAACAUUUUUCAGAGCUCAAUGGGCUCCAGGCUUCUUCCAUCAGCACCAGCCCUAUGGACUCCUGAAGCCUCAAGAAUUUGCUUGGAGCUAAUUUAAAGCAAACAUUUACAUAUGGAAAAACAAUGUGGUGGAGCCUGUGCCAGGUUUCUCCCUUGAUUCUCACUAUAUGCUCGCUGUCUAUAACAGCACAUUGGGCCACGGCUGCAGCAUGCGGGGAGCCAGCGGCGGUGCCUGCCUGGAGAAGAAGCAGCAGAGAUGUCAGUACUCCAGCUCCUGUUGACUGUCAGCUGAGCCAGUGGUCGGAAUGGACAGAUUGCAUCCCUUGCCAAGGGAGAAAACACCGGCACCGCACGCUGCUGCAGCCAGCAAUGUUUGGGGGGCAGCAUUGCGAGGGGCCCCUCUGGGAUGAGCAAAGCUGCAGUGCUGGGGAGAGCUGUGCCAGAGCUCUCAGCUGUGGGAAUGACUUCCAGUGCAAGGAGAGCGGUCGCUGUAUUAAACAGCAUCUUGUGUGUAACGGCAAUAUAGACUGCAGAGAUGGGUCUGAUGAGAAUGACUGCGAAGAUGAAGAUAUUGAACACCCCUGUGACAAUCUGUUCCCCAUCCCAGGGUCUGAAAAAGCAGCACGAGGAUACAACAUCCUGACACAAGAGGAGAAAAGGUACAUAUAUGAUCCUAAAUUUCUGGGAGGCCACUGUGAAUCUGUCUACAAUGGGGAGUGGAGGGCACUGAGAUAUGAUGCCGCGUGUGAACGCCUGUACUAUGGAGAUGAUGAGAAGUAUUUCCUCAAACCUUACAACUUCCACAUAUACCAAUUCCUAGCUCACGCUGAUUCUGGAUUCUCUUCCGAGUUCUACGAUGAUUCAAAAGAUCUGAUGGAUGCCCUCAGAAGUAGUAAAUCCAAAGGAGGGGGCUUUAACAUUGGGAUUGGGCCUGCAAAGACAAAUUUCAAAGUGAACCUCGGCUUCACCUUAUCACGUGGCAAAGGAUCCCUGAAGAAUUUCACAGAAUAUAGUGCAAAGAAUGUUGGAUUCAUUAGAAUUGCGACCAAGGUGCAGACGGCCCGUUUCAAGAUGAGAAGGAACAACGUUGUUUUGAAUGAAGACAUGCUCAUCUCUCUGCAGGAGCUUCCAGAUACAUACAACUACGGCAUGUAUGCCAAAUUCAUCAAUGACUAUGGCACCCAUUUCAUGACAUCUGGCACUAUGGGAGGCGACCUUGAGUACAUCCUCGUUGUUAACAAAGAGGAAAUGAGACGACAAGACAUCAGCUAUGAGGAAGUAACCACCUGUUUUGGCCUCUCACUGGGCAUUUCAGACACAACGCCCAUGCUGCAGUGGGAACUAUCUGUGUCACUCUCUGACUGUCGAAAGAAACAGCUUCUGAACACUGAUGCUGGGAGCAACAGUGCAGUUGUGGAAGAUAUCAUUGUUCGGAUUAAAGGUGGAGAUACCUCUUACAGUGCACGGCCCUUAAGCAGUUGGGAUAGCAACACGUAUCGGCGCUGGGGAAGGUCAUUAAAAUAUAAUCCAGCUGUUAUUGAUUUUGAGCUGCAACCUAUCCAUGAAAUCCUUCCCAGAAGUGAUGCUGGCAACAUGGAAACCAAACGGCAGCACCUGAAGAAGACUUUGGAUCAGUACCUGCUGGAGUUCAAUGCUUGUCGCUGUGGGCCAUGCCAGCACAACAGCGAGCCUGUCCUAGUGGGAGAUGAGUGCUCGUGCCAGUGCCGGUCUGGAUACAGUGGCCCUGCUUGUGAGCAGAGUGAACACCAAGGCACAGAGACAGAUGGGCGCUGGAGCUGCUGGUCAUCUUGGACUCCGUGCCAGUCGGGCUCACGGCACCGCAGCCGGCAGUGCACCAACCCAGCCCCGCAGCAUGGAGGGGCACCCUGCAUGGGGAGAGAUGUGCAGAGCUCCUCCUGCUGAACCCAGCAUAGCUUCACAGGCACAAGCUCUUCAGCACUGCAGGAGGCUGGAGAAUGGAAGCCUGUGGGAAGAUGACCUGCAGCAUCACAUUCCUGAAAGGCCGGAGAAUCACCACAACCAGAGAAAUACAAGUGAUGAAAGAACUGAACGUGAACCACCACCAAUCCAACACCAAGAAAGGUUGGGCAGCAGCCCCUUUUCUCUGCUCACCCAGGACUCUGGCAUCUUCUUCCCCAGAGCUUGGAGCAGGGAACUGCAGUCCAGGGAAAGGGAGAAGCUGCCCAUAAUGUCUGUUUAAAAUAAUAAUAAUAAUAAUAAUAAUAAUAACAACAACAACAACAACAACAACAAUAAUAAUAAUAAAGAGAUAAUAAAUAAAAAAAGAUUACAAGCAAUUACACAUUUACAGUGCCAGUCAAAGAAGCUAAUAUUUCUCCUGCUGAAGUGGCCAGCAUGAGAGCUGUGUUAGAUAAGUAGCAAAAACGUACAUUUCUUACUUAAAGUAAAAGCUUAGAGGGUACAAUAAAAGACUGCAGUUCCACCCUGGCUUUAAUGAA